UGACGGCCGAGAUGUUUGGCGUGUUCGAUCCCCCGGUUAGGUAGAUGUUCGCCGGGCUUGUCCGGGAUCCAGGCGCCCGGGGCCUGUACGUGACGCCCGUCCGGGCCGGACUGAGUGAAUCACGCCGGAGCCCGAGAAGGGGGCGGAGGCGCCGGCUCCCUGGCUCCGGCUGCGUGACUCACCCGCCCCCGCCGCCGCCGCUCCGGGAGGAGCCGCCUCCGCUGCCUUCCGGAAGCUAGAGAAGGCCCUGAGCGCUGAGCGGCCCGCGGGGGUCGCGGCUCGCAAGGCCCGGGGGGGCAUCGGCGAGGCGCCGAGGAGAGGAUCCCCGGGUCUGCGGGGCCGGAGUCCCCGGGGACGCCCAGGCCGGGGCAAUGCUGAGCAAGGGUUUGAAGCGCAAACGGGAGGAGGAGGAGGAGAAGGAGGAAGGCCUCUCAGUGGACUCAUGGUGGUUGGACCAAAGCCACCCCGCGGUGUCACAGACCCCUCCGGCCGCAGCUUCCAGUUCUCUGUUUGACCUCUCGGUGCUCAAACUCCAUCACAGCCUGCGGCAGAGUGAGCCAGACCUGCGGCACCUGGUGCUGGUGGUGAACACGCUGCGACGCAUCCAGGCCUCCAUGGAGCCUGCAACUGCCCUGCCGCCUGUGCCCACGCCACCCACAGCCCCCUCUGUGGCAGACAGCCUUCUGGCUAGCUCGGACGCUGGCCUCUCAGCCUCCAUGGCCAGCCUCCUGGAAGACCUCAACCACAUUGAAGACCUGAACCAGGUUCCCGAACCCCAAGCCGAUGAGGGGCCUCCAGGCCGCUCAGUUGGUGGUGUCCCAGCCAACCUGGGUGCCUUGGACCUGCUGGGCCCAGCCACUGGCUGUCUGCUGGACGAUGGACUGGAGGGCUUAUUUGAGGACAUUGAUACUUCCAUGUAUGACAGUGAACUUUGGGUACCAGCCUCUGAGGGUCUCAAACCUGGCCCUGAGAAUGGUCUAGCCAAGGAGCAAACUCCAGAGCUGGAUGAGGCUGAGUUGGACUACCUCAUGGACGUACUAGUAGGCACACAGGCACUAGAAAGGCCACCGGGGCCUGGGCGCUGAUGGGUGGCUGGCAUCUGAGUUGAGCCUGACCAAUCCACCUUGGCGUGACACAGGGGGCCAGGGUCACUUUGGAGAGACAGUGCUGAUCCCGAGCAGCUUACAUCCAUCCACCUGUCUUGGCCAGCGAGGGAGUUGGGCAUAAGUGGAACGACAGGACAUGGUGACUGCAAUGUGUUUGGGCCAGGCCCAGGCCAGGGGGGUUGGACUGGUCCCCUGGGAUAAUAGUCUGGGCUGUCCCAUCCCAUUGUCCCCAGUGUGGGAAGAGACCUCAUAAGUUUUUGAAAUUAAAACCAGCUUUGGGAAA